UACAAAAAGUAGAAUCAGAUCAUCUCAUUUACAAAAUGAAAAAUGAGCAAGAUACGAGAAAACUUGAUUAUGGAUUAUGUUUAUGGUCUACUGGAAUUUGUGAGUUAAAAUUAUUUAUUUUUUACAAUCUAGCACAUAUGUUACCGGAGCAAAAAAACACACGUGCUCUUAUUACUGAUAAUAGAUUACGCCUUAAAGGUAUUCAUGAUUCUUCUGUGUACGCAAUUGGGGAUUGUUCAACCAUUGAAAAUCCAAACUUGGUUCGGGGGCUGAUGCAAUUCUUUAUUGAUGCUGAUGUUGAUAAAAAUGGAUUGUUGAGUUAUGAUGAAUUUGUUAUGUUGGCAAAAACAAUUAGCAGAAAAUAUCCAAUUACUGCUAAUCAUUUGAAACAGGCCGAUAAGCUUUUUGAACGGUAUGAUGUUGACAAAAGCG